UCAAUGCUCUGCCCCUCUCUUCACCCAAGUGUCCAAGACAUGCGGCCACAGAUCAGAUGAAAUAACAAAGUCGAUCAUCGAGCUGCGGCCUAAGGUGUCCUGGUGCAGAUUUACCGGUCGAUCAGAGAAGAGCUGAACACGGCAGGAUUUGGAGUCAUAUGUCCUGAUAUUUGGACAUUUUGCCACGGAUUGGAUAACAGCACUGACACUUGUUUGCUCUGCGGCGUGGAUGUUUUAUCUCCACAAAAAACUCAAAGCUUGAAGGAGUUCUGCCAUGUGGUAGAGUUGCUAAUGCUAAGGGUUAUCCUCUGCUAAUCGAGACAUUCUCUGCCAUUCCCUGGACCCUAAACCAACAACAAACAUUCUCUCAAUUACAUGCACUGUUCUGAUCUCACCAACUCAAAGCAUUUGUUACGUCCCUGACAGGUGUUGUAAAAAUGUGAAGGAUGGGGGUAACAUAAGAACUGGCGGAGGAGUUUAAAAUGGGUUUAUUUGUAACUAAAAGGUAUUAAAAACACAAGCAAACAGAUCUCUCUAAAAGGUUAACAUUACACAGCAAAUUAUCAACUAUAAAACACCUGGUUAAAACUUUUAUUAAAAGCUUAACCGAACAGAAGGUGUUUUAAAAUCCCAAAGUUGAUAACUGUUCCCAAAACUAUACACUGACUAAAACACCUAGUAAAACGUAUUUUAAAAAGCUUUACCACACGAAGGUGUUUAAAAACCGAGGUCAGUAAAAUUGCACAAAGUUAACCUUAAAACCAAACAGCCAAAAAGAUCCCACUGGAUCAUCCAAAACUUAUCACUUAGAGUUAAAAACCACCACAGUUUAAAACUCAAACAAAUCUAAAUGAAAGGGGUUGAAAACAAACAAAAACCGGGAGGACAGCAGAACCCCUGCACUGCUGCCUCCCAGACUGCUGAAGGCACAGCCUUUUUAUACAGGUGUUUGCUCAUCAGGAAGAUUUAGCUCAGCUGUGCUCCUCAGCAGCCCGGGAGAGAGGAGGAGGGGCGGUGUCAGGCUCAUUCACUAGAGCUGGAUGAUCCUGGCUCCUGCUCUUCACUGGCCAGACUGGCAACCGUAACACAUUAAUACAACGGUUAUGUGUGUGAGUAUAAAGUUACAGCAGUUGGUAAUUCAUGAGUUUCUUUCUUUCCUACAGAAGUAAUUCAAGUGGUGAUGGUUAAAGAAGAAGCUCCUGAACAUCAGAGUCCUGGUAUGGACCAGCAGGACCCAGAACACCUCCAAAUAAAGGAGGAACAGGAGGAACUCUGUAUCAGUCUGGAGGGAGAGCAGCUCCAUUUGAAGGAGGAGACUGAUGCCAGGUUUUCAUUCACUGCAGCUUCUAUAAAGAGUGAGGAUGAUGAAGAGAAGCCUCUGUUCUCACAGAUUCAUCAGCAGCAAAUAGAAGACAGAGAUGUUUCAACCAGCAGCUCUGCUGACCAGAUGAAAGCAGAAACUGGCAGGAACCCAGGUCUGAAUCCUCAUGAACCUGAUUCUUCAGAAACUGAAGUUAGUGGAGAUGAAGAAGAGGAUGAUGAUGUGAAUCUAGACUCUGAACUGUCAAAGCCAGAGACUGGAGAUGGAGACAACGACAGAAAUAAGAACAGAAGUAAUUCAAGUGGUGAUGGUUAAAGAAGAAGCUCCUGAACAUCAGAGUCCUGGUAUGGACCAGCAGGACCCAGAACACCUCCAAAUAAAGGAGGAACAGGAGGAACUCUGUAUCAGUCUGGAGGGAGAGCAGCUCCAUUUGAAGGAGGAGACUGAUGCCAGGUUUUCAUUCACUGCAGCUUCUAUAAAGAGUGAGGAUGAUGAAGAGAAGCCUCUGUUCUCACAGCUUCAUCAGCAGCAAAUAGAAGACAGAGAUGUUUCAACCAGCAGCUCUGCUGACCAGAUGAAAGCAGAAACUUGCAGGAACUCAGAUCUGAACUCUCAUGAACCUGAUUCUUCAGAAACUGAAGUUAGUGGAGAUGAAGAAGAGGAUGAUGAUGUGAAUCUAGACUCUGAACUGUCAGACUCAGAGCCAGAGACUGGAGAUGGAGACAAUGACAGGAAUAAGAGCAGGUCUGCGGAAACAGAUGUUAAAACUGCAAACAAAUCCUUUAGCUGCCAUGAGUGUGGUAAACGAUAUUUGCACAAGCGGUCUCUCCAGAGACACGUGAAAGUGACGAGUCAUUCAGCAAUAAUAUCUUCAGGCUGUUUGAGUAAUAAGAAAUGUGUUGGAGUGAAGCAACAUGUAGACUCGUGCAGGGAAGUCCAGACAGAACAAAAAUCAUUUAGUUGUAAUGACCAAGGAAAAAGAUUUACCAGAAUAUCAAAUUUAAACACAAACAAGAGAGUCCACACCGGAGUGAAGCCUUUUCCUUGUGAGCAAUGUAGGCAAAGAUUUAGCUGCAAGUCAAAUUUAAACGCACACAUUAGAGUCCACACAGGAAUGAAGCCUUUUGUCUGUGAGAACUGUGGACAAAGAUUUAGACAAAAGGUUCAUUUAAACAGUCACAUGAGAGUCCACACCGGAGUGAAGCCUUUUCCUUGCAAGCUCUGUGGAAAAAAAUUUAGCAGCACGUCAAAUUUGAACACACACACUAGAGUCCACACAGGAAUGAAACCUUUUAUCUGUGAGCACUGUGGACAAAGAUAUAUAAUAAAGGCAAAUUUAAACAGUCACAUGAGAGUCCACACAGGAGUGAAGCCUUAUGCCUGUGAGCUCUGUGGACAAAGAUAUCACCACAAGAAAAGUUUAAACUUGCACAUGAGUGUUCACACACGUGUGGACACUCAUGUGCAAGAUAGGCCUUUUAUUUGUGAACACUGUGGACAAAGAUUUAGCUUCAAGAAAAAUUUAAACACACACAUGAGUCUCCACACACAGGGUUCGUACGGAUGCUUGAAAUCCUUGAAAGUGCUUGAAUUUUAAUAAGGUGUUUUCAAUGUAUGGAAAAUGUUUAAUUUCUGUAUUAAUUCCUUGAAAAUACUUGAAAAACAAAUUGCACAGUUUUGUAUUUAAAAUCAACCAAGGUAGUUUGUUAAAACCCUGUUAUUUUUGUUACCGUCAAAAACUAGAGCGCGAUCAUUUAACCUUUAAUUAACAUGGUUGCUGCUGCUCCUUUCUAUAACUCUGGCGUGUUAGUAGCAGACUCCACCUACUAUAGAGACGAGCCGCUGGACCAGCGGUAAGAAAUAUCUUUGUACAAAAUUUUGGUGCUUUCCCAAUCAGAAGUGCCUGUUAUGAGCAGCAAAGCCCAGCUCCUCCCACUGCUGCAGACGUAGGCUGCUCUUUCUCUCGCAAAAGUCUACAAAACAUCUCUGGGUUUGUGGAGUCGGACUAAUAAUAACACCAAAAAAAAAAAGUUUUGGCUGCAUCUUGUGAAAAUAAACCUCAACAGAGGUAAAUAUAUAUACUUGGACAAAAUAGUUGGUACCCUUUGGCCAAUGAAAGAAGAGCCCACAAUGGUCACCGAACUAACUCGAGUCUGAAACUAGUGAUGAAUACAAAUUCUAUUUAGUUUAUCUAAUAAAAGUCAGACAUUGCUUUUCAACCAUGCUUCAACUGAAUUCUUUUAAAAAUAAACUCAUGGAACCGGCCUGGGCAAAAAUGCUGGUACCCCUAAGUUAAUAUUUUGUUAUACAACCUUUCGAGGCAAUCACUGCAUAAAAAAAAAUCCUGUAACUUUCAAAGAGACUUCUGCAGUAUUUUGGCCCUCUCCCCAUGAGCAAACUGCUCCAGUUAUCUCGGGUUUGAAGGGCGCCUUUUCCAGACGACUUGUUUCAGCUCCUUCCAAAGAUGCUCAACGUGACUGAGGUCAGGGCUCAUUGGCCUUUUUUAAAAGACACACCAUGCUGUCAAAUCAGUGUAAUACUGCCACCAUGGUGUGUCUUAUGAAUGUGCCGUGGGCGAUGUGGGAAUUUUGCAGCAUUUGUGCUGUCACCCUUGGUAGUUAUAUUGCUGCAAAGUCGGACUUGUGAUUGCAUAUUACAUCCUGGAGUAACAAAGAGGGGCGGCAUGAUCACAUGUGGAAUUAAUGCCGAGCUCCAGCUGACUACAAUAUUGACCCAAAGCAAAUGUGGCGAUAAGUUUUGCUUUACUGGAGCGAUGAAGAGCUCUGGGAGCUGACAUAAGUAAUAAUAAAUAAAAAUUAUAUGAAAUAUAACCAAUGAAAGUUAGACAUUGUUUUUUUAAUCAUGCUUCAACAGAUUUUAAAAAACUCAUUAAACAGACAUGGACAAAAAAGAUGGUACCCCUACAAAAGACUGAAAAUAAUGUGACCAAAGGGACAUGCUAAUUUAAGGUGUGUCCACUAAUUAGCAUCACAGGUGUGUAUAAUCUUGUAAUGAGUCAGUGGGCCUAUAGGGCUCUUUAGUCACUGUGUUUUUUGGUGUGAAAUGCCCACGGUCUUUUGACAUGUUUGGUUGUGUAUCCUCUGUAUUCUGGUUAAAUUAGUCAAACUGACAUCCAGGUCACAUGACGAACAUUGAAACUUAAUUAAAUUUUUUCAAUCUCUACGGUGAGGUCUGGCUUUACUAAAGGUCCUCACACAUGUUAUGCUGGUCUUUACUUCCUGCCACUUUAAAUCUUUUUGCCCAAGUGUGUCUCAUAUUAAAUAAGUAGCAAAUAAGAUGAAUCAAUAAGGAAAGACACAAAUUCACUGGUGUUUGUUAAAAUAUCUUUUUGUGUUUGGUUACAUUUGAUCUGACUGAGGGUGGUUGAGCAAAAAUCCCGUGACCAUACCAGGUUCUGACCGCUAGGGGGCGCCACCUGUAGGUGGUCCGCUCAGUGUAAGUUGGUGUGGAGUUUGGGUGACAGGGACUCUGGGGGGAGAUAGUAUGAUAGAAGGUGGAACAAGCUUCUUGGAGGGUGGUGAUGGCCUGCCUUUCUCCAAAUCUACCUCUUCUAGACCUCCUGGGGGGCAAAGUCGGACACUCUGUUUUCAGACACAGUUUAAAGUAAAAGAAAAAUAUCCAAAUUAAAUUGGGCCGAUACUUGUGCUAUUCUGUUAAAUGUUAUUUGCUACAGAAUAUAUAUUAAACAGAGCCUAAAAGGGUAUAAAAUGAAGAAAAAGGUACUAUGAUACUUCUGUGACCAGUGUGGGGUUUUUCUUUCAUUGGCCAAAGGGUACCAACUAUUUUGUCCAUGUUUCUAAAAUGGCUCAAGAUCUACUAAAGCAACUAGUACAACAGUCUGGAACAGCCAUCUUAGUCCCCAGACCUGAAUAUAAUUGAAAACGUGUGGCGUGAGCUAAAGGAGAGCUGUCUAUGCUCGGAAGCCAUCAAACCUGAAUGAACUGGAUGUUUUGUAAAGAGGAAUGGUCCAAAAAACCUUCAACCAGAAUCCAGACUCUCAUUGGAAGCGUUUAGAGGCUGUUAUUUCUGCAAAAGGAGGAUCUACUAAAUAUUGAGUUCAUUCCUUUUUUGUGGUACCCAAAAUAAUGCACUUAUCUAAUUAUGUUUAAACAAUUAUUGCACAAUUUUUGUAAAUCCUUUAAACUUUGCUUCACCUCUCAAAAAUCACUGUGUGUGUCUCCUAUAUGAUAAAUGUAACUGACAGUUUUUAUCAUAACAACCAAAAAUUUAUUCAGGAAAAUGAACAAAGUUGCCCAUCCCUCUAGGACAAAAAAAUGUGAAUAUGAUAAGUCAGAAUUUUUAGGUUAGAUCUGACUUUUUUCAGAGAAGUCAGUGACCUUUUGACCUCUUCCCUAAAUAUCCAUUGCAAGAGCUUUGUCAUCUUUGAAAGAGCAUAAUUUUAUUCAUAUUAAGUUGGAAAAUUCAGAAGAAAAAAAACUUUAGCAAAAAGAGUUUGGGUGUUUUUUAAAUUAGACGUUACUAGUGGGAAAUUAAGUAAAAAAAAUAAUCUAAAAAAUAAAUAACUGGUCUUUUUAGUGUAAUUUUGUUACUGAAAUUCAGAUGAAGCUGACAUUGGUUCCUAUCUGGUUUCUGAUUAGGAAAGAUGUCCACCCAUUUUUUCCCACUCAGGAACAUCUUUAAUCUGAUGCUAUUAUAAAACUACAACACCAGUGGGCCCCCAGUCUGGGGUCUGUGACCCACCAAGGGAAUCCCCACUAUUUAGUCUGUGCUGAACUUUUGAAGUUACCAAGAUUUUAUCUGUAAAAUUGUCAUUAAUUAAAUCCUGAUAACACACCCAAUCGUAUAAUAAAAGCUCUGUUUCUGAGUUAUAAGUCUGUUUGUAAAGGGAGCUGGCUCGUCUUGAACACAGACAAGGGCUCUUUGUGGAGAGAAGCUUUGGAUCCACUGACCUAGACAAACCUGGGGUAGAUUGUUCUGCACUGAUAGCAGAAUCUGUUUAACAGUUUGUAAUUUGUCAAACUUUUAUUUGAUUUGUGAGAAAAAAAAGUUUUACCUUUUUUCAAUAUAUGGGAAUUAAAUUGUGUUAAAAUGUACAAAACUGCUAAACGUAGAAUGUAUGGCUGAUCACUCUGGGUGCCCCUAAGCCCCGAUGCUAGAAUCGCCCUUGAGAAGCUUGUUCCAAAAGAAGUAAUCUGGUAAAGUUUAGGAUUCGACACCGAUGAUGUGAUAAGAACAAAAGACAAACUGCAGAAAGACUGUAGCACCCAGUCAAGGUAACACACCUUCCACCUACAGUGCAACCACACUUUCUAGAGAGCCCGACUACCUAACGACUUAAAUGUGAUGCAGCUCUGUAAUAUCCAGAUGCAGACUAUAAAAGCCAGCAUGAAAUUAUGGAAAUGCCUCAAAGAAAAUCAACACGAUCCAUUAGGUGUCCCGGAAGGCUCAUAUCUGAAGACAGUGACCACGAAGAAGGACAGAUCUCCAGUGAACCAGGACAUGAACAUUUGUUCAGUCUUUAUAUUUUAUUUUUUUUAUUUGAACAACCCUCAACUAUUUGCUAAUUGUAAGAUUUAGCUUCAUUCCAGCAUUAUUUAUCUUUUUACAAUAAAUAAUUAUUUUUGCUAAAACAAAAGUUUUUUGUAUAGCAGUGCACGGUGUGCCAGAGAAGUACCCCAUGGCAGUGGGAGGUGUGCAGGACUCUGCCUGCAGAAGGAGAAAAACUGCUUCAAGGCCUACCGCAUCAAAUAAAAACGUCUGAAAGUUUACAAAAAUAAAUGGUCUUAAAAACUGCUAAAAAAAUACCAAGGUUCAAACUUUUUUAAGAAUAGAUGCAUUACAGUUCAAUGUUUAAAUUGUUUGCCCAGUAAUUUUGAAGUUCCUGUUCAGUAAUAAAUGUAAAAAUUUCUAA